AUGAUUAUUAUUUCUGUUCAAUAUAGAUUAAGUUUAAACGAGAAGAGAAAUUUAUUUAAUCAACGGGCUGCUGCUGGGGCUGCUGUUGUAGCACAAGGACAGCCUAUCACAAUAAACAGUAGACCAUUAAAUAUUACGACAGCAACAACAAAUACUACUAUAAAUAAUACCAGUGAACCAGUGAAACGUGUUAUUCGACGUAAAACUCAACCGAUUACACUGGAUGAUUUAGCUAGAGCAAAUCAAUUGAUUCUAGAACGAUAUUAUGGAAAACAUCUUGAAUCUCCAUUCGGAAGUGUAAAAGGCGAUGAACAAGACUCAUUCGGCUUCCAUGAGUAUGAUUCCCAGAUAUCAACUCCGGAAGCCAGUUUAUUAAGUACCUCCUAG